AUGAGAAUUGGUCUCCUGCUGGUACUUUCCGCUUUCGUCACAGGGCUACUGCUGCUCGCUUCCCAGCGGUGUCCAUCAUCGAGUUCAUUUGAAGGUCGGGUGGGUAGUGAUGUUGUAAAGAGUUGCCACGAAAACGGGCGGGCCAGCUUCGAGCAGCAUGCGGAAGCUUCCACACGAGUUCAAGCCCAGUCAGAGUCUGAUACGGUAGCCCACCUAGACGCAAAGGCCCCUUUCCACGAGAACGUUGCAGUCCAAAAGAUCCCGCGCAUCUUCCAUCAAAUGUGGAUUGGGGAUACUACAGAGAUGCCAAAAGGCCCCCUCAGAUCGUGCAAGCGCAUUCACAACGACUCCAGCGGCUGGAAAUAUAUCCUAUGGCAGCCACACACCCUGCUGAGUUUCUUCCACUCAGGAGACCUCGAUCCGCAGUUCACCGAUUUCGUCAAAAAUAAGCUCCGGCUGCUCGAAUACAAUCUGACGUGUUCGGAUCGCAAAAGCCUACUGCGUGCAGCCGACGUGUGGCGGCUUGUUGUCUUACAUCACUACGGUGGCGUCUACGUUGACGGAGACGGCCAAUGCAUCCGCUCAUUCACUGACCUAGUCGAGAAUGACAACGAGGGCCGUGAGUGCUUCAUCGGCUACGAAUCCAGCACGUACCGAGGAACGUUGCGCGCGAACGGCAUUAUGGGUUGCGUUCCCGAAUCUGUCACCAUUCAAUAUACCCUGGACGCAAUUCACGCCAAUGACGCACUGCGGGUCCCUGGUGAGGCCUGGGAGCUCACAGGCCCGAAACUCCUUACGAUCACAGGUGAAACUCUGGAAAAUGAGCUGCCGUGGCGUCGGCUGCGGACGGAACACGGACAAAGGCUAGGCUACAAAGUUUACCCGUCAAGCACGUUCCUACCGGUCCAUUACACCGACAAGCAGAACGGGAUGACGCCCGAAGAAGGUUUGCAGCGAGCGAAAGAUCUCGGAAGUUAUAUGGUGCACUUAUGGGGAAGCACCUUGGACGCUUACAAGGCCGAGGAUGGCGAUGUCAGGAAUCCGAGCCGUCUUUCUGAUGGGCACAAGACGACUGGGAAAGCCAGUGCUCCCGAGGCAGUCCUCAUUCAUUAA